AUGACAGAAGUGUCUUCUCCUGAAUCUGUGGAGGCCAUAGAGCCCUAUCAAACAACAGCUGUUAUACAUACUCGAGAUGCUGGAGGAACUCAACAGGGAUCCGUGGGGGCGCCCAUACAUCGCGGCGCGGAACAAGCUCCGCGCCAACGGGCCCCCGAUCACGGAGACCAUGGAGCCCCAGCUGUGCUCCACGCCGUAGUCUCGUCCCUUUUCCCGGAACGGACAAAUAUAGUGCCUCCAGUGGUGGUCGCGCCUCAGGCGCCGGAGCCACUGGAGGCCAUCACGGAGGGAGAAAUGGAGGCGUCCAUCGCCUGCCUUCGCCCAAAGAAGACCGCCCCAGGCCCCGACGGAGUGCCGGCGCGCGCACUUACGCUGGCACUGGGGCCUCUUGAAAGUCGAUUCCGGGGACUGCUCAACUCCUGUUUGGAGGAGGGCAGAUUCCCGGAUACAUGGAAGACGGGGCGGCUCGUCCUUCUUCGAAAGGAGGGACGACCGGCAGACUCGCCGUCCGGCUACAGGCCGGUUGUCCUGCUGGACGAGGCGGGCAAGCUCUUUGAGCGCAUCAUCGCCGCCCGCAUCGUCCGGCAUCUAGAAAGGACUGGUCCGAGUCUGUCGGACUGCCAAUACGGCUUUAGGGCGAGGCGGUCCACGGUGGACGCCAUCAAAGUCGUCCAGGAGUUCGCCGCGGAUGCGGUGGCACGGGGGGGCGUGGCGGUGGCAGUCUCAUUAGACAUCGCCAACGCCUUCAAUUCGCUGCCGCAUCAGUGCAUAGAGACGGCGCUCCGAUACCACGGGGGUGGCAGUGUGAAACUAGAAACCGCCGCCGAAAAAUCUACUGUGUCAUCAAAAAAGGCGUCGGUACCUUCAACAACGAAGUCUUUUGAGGUUCGCAAGAAACAGCUGGAAUUGGAAGCAGCAGAAGCUAUUGCGAACAUACAGAAAGACAUUAUUCAAAAGAAACUGGCAGCCGAUCUCGCCGCAUUAGAGGAAGAAUGUUCGCAAAAAUCUCGUGCAAGCUGUACCGAUUCCGCAGUGAGUGCGUCACAAAAGGUGGAACAGUGGCUGGAACACAGCCAGCAUGACCGUUUACGUGCUAGGGCAUCAUCACCAUGUCCGCAAAAUACGGAAAAAGUACGUUUCGACAACGUAAUUCUACCCUCAGUUAUGGUCGAUAAAUCGCCGCCUACAGAUAUUCAGCAGUUGGCACAGGCGAUAAAGGAUAUUGCUGUGGCUUCAUCUUCGUCAACAAACAACGCACAGAUGUUGUUAGUAUAA